CACCGAACACGUCGCCUUUGCAACUCUCCUUCCACACAUCAUGAAGCUCAAGGAGAUCCAUAGGACGUCGACGUUCGCGUGGUCUCCGUCGCCGUCACUCCCCCUGCUGGCAACGGGGACGGUCGCGGGCGCGCUUGACGAGUCCUUCAGUAACAAUGGACAGCUCGAAAUAUGGGCUCCGGACUUUUUGGACAAGAACCAGUUCGACUUGGGCGAGGAAGGUCAAGCAGGGCCCAAGGCAUCCGUCACGACCACGUCAAGAUUCAACCGCCUCGCAUGGGGAUACACUGAUGGACCUCGUGCGCGUGGUGUCAUCGUCGCAGGCAUGGAAAACGGCGAACUUGACAUCUGGGAUCCUGCCAAGAUUCUUGCUAAUGCAGAUCCUGCGGAUUCAUUAAUACUAAGAAAUAAGACGCACACGGGCGCGAUCCGCGGUCUGGAUUUCAACCCUAUUCAAAUGAACCUGUUCGCUUCCGGUGCAGUCAACGGGGAGAUAUAUAUAUGGGACCUCAAGGAUCCGAGCAAACCAUACUCUCCCGGAACCCGUAGCACGAAACUUGAUGAGAUCACCGCUCUUGCAUGGAACCAUCACGUCCAAUAUGCUCUCGCGGCAUCGAGCAGCACGGGAUACACGGUCGUGUGGGAUCUUCGUGGAAAACGAGAGGUUGCGGCAUUGGCGUACGGUGGUGGUGCCGGUACGCUAGCAGGAGGCAUGCAAGGAUUUGGUGCAGCGGGUAUGGCGAUGGGUGGAAGACGCGGUAUGAGCGAUGUCGCUUGGCAUCCAGACAAUGCAACAAGAUUGGUCACGUCUUCUGAGGACGACACGUCUCCUAUUAUCAUGGUAUGGGAUCUCCGAAACGCUCGUGCGCCCGAGAAGAUCCUUACAGGGCAUGAGAAGGGCGUCCUCUCGCUAUCGUGGUGCAAGCAAGAUGCUGACCUGCUGCUUUCCUGCGGUAAGGACAAUCGCGCACUAUGCUGGAAUCCACAGACGUCGGAGAUCAUCGGCGAGCUGCCUCCUGCAGAUAACUGGGCAUUCCAGGUUCAAUGGUGCCCUCGGAAUCCUGACUUGUUUGCGACCGCGUUCUUCGACGGCACGAUCGGCAUCCAUUCAAUCCAGUCCACGAACGAGGCGAGCCAAAACGUCCCAGCCACUCCGCAGCCUGAUGCUUCUGACAUCUUCGGUGCGAGCGGGUUCGCUCGUGCGUCGCGAGCAACACUUUCCCUCAAACAUCCUCCAAAGUGGUUGCGCCGCCCAGUCUCGAGUUCUUUCGGUUACGGUGGUAAGCUUGUGUCUGUGUCCAACUUGCCGUCAGCGCAUGGGAGGACGCAAAGCAGCGUCGUCCAUAUCCGCAAAGUGGUCACUGAGAAGUCCAUUGUGGAGCGUGCGACCAAGUUGCAGGCUGCGAUAGAGGGUGAGACGAUGAGCAGUUUCGCUGAGGAGAAGACUGCAGAAGUUCUGCGAGAGCCUCAGGAGACUUCUGCAACCUGGAAAGCAUUGUUGAGCUUGUUCAAGGCAAACUCCAGGGACGAACUCAUCACCCUUCUGGGAUUCUCGAAAGAAGAGGUGGCAGCGAAGGUUGCAGAGGCAGUGGCUGCUCUUAAAGCCGCGUCGCAAAGUUCUGCAGCUGAAGCGAAAGGCGAAACAACUGAGACGGAACUCAAGGCUCCCGUCGUCUCGUUCGCAGAACCUGAGAGCGAGGCUCGUUCCGAUAGCGGCGAAGACGUGUCCUUGGAGUCUACUGGAGCUGUAGCUGAGGCGACGCCCUCUGAGGUCAGUACCGGUGCUGCGUCUGAUAACACUAACACGGCCCUCGCCGACGGCGAGUCCACGACAACGGCGCCGAGCCUGUUCGGAGACGAACUGAUCGGUACCCCGCAGACCGAUGCUGCGGCAGACUUCUUCGGCAGUAUUGGGACGGCGCGCUCAGCAGACGAUCAGAUGCGGAUCCCCCACACGAACUACGCGCUUGAUUCGUCCGUAGCUGCUACGAUCGGUUCCGGACCAUCGUCAGUUACGUCGGAGGUGCUGAGGAACAACACGUUCAAGAUCUACCCGCCUGACGAAUCAGAGACAGACCGGCUGGUGACGAAGGCGUUGGUGCUCGGUGACUUUGAGUCAGCAGUCUCCCUCUGUCUGUCGUCUUCUCGCUUCGCCGAUGCCAUCCUGCUGGCUGUCAAGGGUGGUCAGGAGCUCUUGCAACGCACGCAAAAGGCGUACUUCGAAAACCAGACCGCGACGCUUCCGUAUUUGCGCCUGUUCCAAUCCAUCGUCACCAACGAUCUCGCAGAUGUCGUGCAGAAUGCAGAUCUGCAGGAGUGGCAGGAAAUCUUCGUCGUUCUCUGCACGUUCGCUAGCCAGGAGGAGUUCUCUAGUUUGGCGGAGCAACUUGGCCAACGCCUUGAGUUCCAAGCAGACGUUGCAAGGGCUUCCGAGUUUCCCGGCGCAGAGCGGAGGGCAAUUGAGUACAGGAGAAAUGCGACUCUCACCUACCUCGCAGCUGGGCGAUUGGAGAGGUUGGUCAAUAUAUGGAUCGAAGAGAUGGCAGAGGAGGAACAUGGACUUGUUGAGAAUGAGAAGCUUGAUGGCUCUCGCUACACUGCUCACGCCCUCGCCCUUCAGACUUUCGUCGAGAAGGUCACCGUGUUCCGCAGUGCCAUCCGCUAUGAAGACACCGACCUCACGCAGAAGAGCUCGAACGAGGAAGCAGAUGCAAGAAGCUACAAGCUCUCCGGUUUAUACGAUCGUUACUACGAAUACGCCGAUUUGCUCGCGUCGCAGGGCCUUGUUAAGGAGGCAGUUGCGUAUCUGAAGCUCACUCCUCCAGACUACCACGGCUGGCCUGGUUCUGCAUUGGACUUCGCGGAGGGCAGGGAGCGUCUACUGAUUGCUGCUGGUGAGGGACAUGCUGCUCGGACGUCAUCCCUGCCGACCUCCACUACCACGAGGGCAGCCAGUGUUGCUCCAAGCAGCUCAAUGUAUGGAUAUACCUCAUACUCUGCACUUAGCCAGCCUUCGGUUGUACCUCAGGUUCCUGCUUCAUCAUCGUCCAUAUACGAACCGUACAGUCGGGCGGGUCCAACCUCGCAGACCUAUGCUCCUACAGCACCUGCAAUGUCACAAAUGCCCCCAUCCCAGUCCUUCCAGUCAACGGCGCCCAUGCCAUACAACCAGAAUGUCUACGCGCGUCCUCCGUCGCAGCCACAGCAAGCCAUCCCGCUGGCCUCACAGCAACCCCAUGUCCUACCUCCGCCACCGCGUGCGACAAGCGCUAUCCCCUCCGCACCUUCUGCGAAACGCGAGAACGGUGGCUGGAAUGACGUGCCGCACCAUGUCACCGGCCAGCGACGGUCGGGCAGCAAUGCCAGCAGACCCGCCGCGAUCAUGUCUCCUUUCCCGAAUGCACCUGCAUCGCCGGGUAUUCCCGGUACGCCCACCUUCGGACACGGACAGCCUCCUGCGACGCUCCCCCCACCACCAGGCCCUGGCAGUGUGCAGGCGCGUCCGCCGCCGCCACCCCAGGGACAUCGUAUGGCUCCUCCGCCGCAGGCUGGGCCGGGACCAUACCCGAUGCGACCACCGUCAGGUCCACCUGGUGCACCUGGCCAGCCGAUAGCGCCGGGGCCGGGACGUAUGAUGAUGACUUCCCCCCCUCCGAACGUCGGUGUGCCAAGGGCGCCUCCCCUUCCCGCUGUAACGCCAGAUCCGUAUGCGCCUUUAGCCCCGAUACCAGGACAGACGCCUCCGCCACACGGACAUCUUCCUCCAGGUGCCCCUCCUCCUGGUCCAUCAGGUCCGUAUGUGCAUGCAACGCCACCGCCACAAGGCCCUCCUCCCAUGCAAGGACAGUUUAUGCAGCGCAUGCCACCCCAGCAACAGCAACUCCAGCCGGGGACCUUUGCCCCUCCAUUGCCCCGCAUGAAUCAGCCUGCAGGACCGCCACCACCGCAAGGUCCACCGCAGGGUCUACCGCGCGGCGGAACACCUGGAAAUGGCAUUGGAGGGCCGUCUGCUCCGCCUUCGCGAGCAGGCCCCCCGCCUCCGAAGUAUCCUCUGGGUGACCGAAGUCAUAUACCCGAUGACUUGCUCCCUGUAUACAAUGUCAUAUCUGGUCAGCUGGAGAGGGUGAAGCAGAUUUCUCCGCCAUCACAAAAACGUCUGACGGACGAUUUGGAGCGCAGAAUCAACCCGCUGUUCGACGCGCUCAACUGUGAGACGCUAUCGAAGCACGUCCAAGAGAAGCUCAUUGUGCUGUCUAGAGCUAUGGAAGCCCACGAUCGUGAAGCGGCCCUGAACAUCCAUAUGGACCUGCUCACCAGCGGCACGUUAACGGAUGAUAUCGGGCUGUGGAUGUCUGGCGUCAAACAGCUCAUCGUGCGCUUGUGAUCGCUCUGGUGUUUUCUGCCUUGUCCUGUAUCGCAUGUUACGAAAAUCCGGGCCCGGCCUGUUCUCCUUGAAUGUGAGAGCGUGGUGCGGCGAUUCGGCGGGCUCUCAAGGACACGUACUACCCCUC